ACAACACAGUCGAUCACUCCCCUCAGAAGAAAACAGUCAUACAAUCCACUCAGAAGAACACAGCCUCUCACUUACCUCAAAAGAACAUAGUCAAACAGUCCCCUCAGAAGAACACAGUCACUCACUACCCUCAGAUAAACACAGUCGCUCACUCCCCUCAGAUAAACACAGUCAGUCACCCCCCUCAAAAGAACACAGUUUCUCACUCCCUUCAGAUAAACACAGUCAGUCAUCCCCCUCAGAAAAAUACAGUCAAACACUCCCCUCAGAAGAACACAGUCAAACAGUCCCCUCAGAAGAACACAGUCGCUCACUACCCUCAGAUGAACAAAGUCGCUUACUCCCCUCAGAAGAACACAGUCGCUCACUCCCCUCAGAAGAACACAAUCAGUCACCCCCCUCAGAAGAACACAGUCGCUCACUCCCCUCAGAAGAACAUAGUCAAACAGUCCCCUCAGAAGAACACAGUCGCUCACUCCCCUCAGAAGAACACAAUCGCUCACUCCCCUCAGAAGAACACAGUCGCUCACUCCCCUCAGAAGAACACAGUCGCUCACUCCCCUCAGAAGAAUGCAGUCAAACAGUCCCCUCAGAAGAACAUAGUCGCUCACUCCCCUCAGAAGAACGCAGUCAAACAGUCCCCUCAGAAGAACAUAGUCGCUCAAUCCCCUCAGAAGAACACAGUCGCUCACUGCCCUCAGAAGAACGCAGUCACACAGUCCCCUCAGAAGAACAUGAUAACACACAAUAUAAACAGAAAAGCAUGGAUGUUUGCACUGACUGUGGAGAAAGUGAAUCCUUACAAACAUCCGAAAGUCUUUUAUCAAAGGACAUGAAUGACAAACUCAGUCUAGAAAAGAGUGACAGUCUAAAUUUAAAAAAAGUUGUUCACUCAAGUAGUGAAUGUCACACGGACAGUGAUUUAGCAAACAUGCCAACAUUUAAUAGUGAAAAUUCUUGCAACAAACAAGAGUUUAUUGAAACACAGCUUUGUGGUACUCCUAAAAAUUGUGAAAACGAAAAUAAACUUUUUCCAGGGGCUCCCAUGUAUGUUUUAGAAGACAUAAAUAGAACCAUGAAAAAUCCUGUUGUUGCAGAUUGUCCGAAAGAAUGUACAAUAGUUCCUUCAGUUGAGCAGUCAGUAAUUUACUCCAAUAUUUCAGGACCCAUGGAAUACACUAGGUCUGUGUCAUUGACUUUUGUGUGUUCUGACAUGAAGACCACUGUGGUUGAUGGAUGUCCAAGGAGUCCUCUGGACAGCCCAGUCGAGUCUCUGGCUGGUUUGUUUGAGAAUUUGUAUGACAAGUCUCCAGUUAGCCCCACAGACAUUUGCUUUGAGCUCAGCGAUGACCUUCACAUGAACUGUAAACAAACAGCACGUGGCAUUGUAAAUGUUAUGUCUGACACAUGUGAAGAGUACACAGAGACCUCUAAACAAUUUCUGCCACCUGGCAACCUGUCUGACAAACGCACAAGGCUAAAUGAAUCAAUUAACUCUAAACCGUUAGAGCCAGCCAGUAUAGCCGAGCUGGGUGUUGAUGUUUUUUCUAAAGCAUGUUCUGAUCCCUGCACAAAUUCACAGUCUCCUUUUAAUUAUUCCCAGCUGAACAGUAGAAGUGAGGCUUUGGUGGUAAGAAAUGAAUACAUCUCAGAUACAAAUAAUAACAUUAAGAAUAUUACCGUAGAUGACCAUGUCUCAGGUGUACAAAACACUUUACCUAGUUCCUUGCUAAAAUACAACAGCUUUACUACUAAUAAUAAACAUUUAGUCUCAGAAGAAGUUGAACACUGUAAACAUGAUGACAUUUUUAGUGUUCCCACUGCUUUAAACAGUCUCGCUACCCCCUUUAAAGCACCUAGAAUAAUGACUGCAAUGGACUGUAAAGAUAAUAUUGCAAAACCGUCUGACCUAGCCGCAUGUAGCAAUCACAGAGAUGUUAUACAAAAGCAGUGUCAACUGCACUGGACUGCAGUGGAGGAGACGGGAGGAAGAUUUCAGUUCAAGGACACAGACGCCAACAGUCAGGGUAGAAUGGCAGUGUUACAAACCUUAACCUCCCUGCACACAGAUAACAAAUACAGCACCCAUGAAAUGGUAAAUUCAAACUCUACAAACAGUGAUGUUGUAUAUUUGCAUGCGCCACAGACACAUCUGGAGCUUGUCUGGGAAGAAAACAAGGUACCAUUGAACUGCUCUGUCAAGGUUGCUGAUACUCAUCUGUUAGAAAACAUGGAGAGAAGGCUUGUAACUCCUGAAAGCACUGAUUUAUUUUGUGAAACGUCUGAUUGUAGAAAUCUUUGUACACAGCCUUUGCAACCACCCAACACAGAGGCAUGUUUUGCAUGUUGUCACAUGUUACCCAUCACUAAUUUAGAGGCCAUUGUGGAGUCCGAAUGUUCACCGGAGAGCCCCUUUGUGAUGGAGGAUGGAUUGGAGGAUCAUCAGAGGGGAUCUCCAUUAUCAGAAGGUGGAUUUGAUGAUGAAUGGAGCUUAUGUGAUAACAUCCCAAACCCCAUUUUUCCUCACUGCCCGCAUGACAGCAAUAAUUCUGCCAUAAGUAGAAAUGCAAGGGAGAUGAAAGAAGCAAAUGCUGUUGAGAAAGAACCAGAUGCUGGCGAGACAACAUCUAUGAUGUUUAAUGGGAUUGAUAACUGUGAUGACCAUAGUGGUUCCAGUUUUGUAUCACAAGAACUCAUCUCUAGUACCAACAAUGAGGACAUGGAGGACAGUACUCAGUCAACCUCUAGGUUCUCGAGAAGUAAGAGAAACCAGUCAGGGAAGGGAUCCGUGUUCUCUGUAUUCUCUAGAAUGCCUUCGUUCCGCAAGACGAAACGAGAGCAAAAGGGCAACAACAAGGCUGAUCCAGAAGUUGAGGACUCUGAGGAUGGACAUGAGCGGGAGGAAGGAAAGCCCAAUGUAACACCUAGCAAGCUCCACCCAUCAUUUUACAAGAACCCCAUUUCUCAGAGUUCAGAUCAUCUUAUAGACAUCAUGAAGUAUGGUGACCACUCCAAUGCUGAUGUUUCUGAAAAGACCUUUGCCUUAAAUUUUCAAAAUAGGGAGAUAUAUGCACAGUGUGCAUCUCAAAAUUGUCAUCACUCCGCCCAGCAGCAGAACAAAGAUGGGGAAGCACUGAAUUUUAAAACUUUUCCUAUGACAGACGGAUUACAGCAAAAACGGAGUAAAAGUACUGAUAACUUAAACCUACGCAUGAAGCUCGCAAUGGCUCAUAAGUCCCUGUCUAGCCUGUUUGAGUCCAAAUAUCCUGAGAGGGACAACCAGGAGCAGAUCCUGCCCACACAGAAUGAAGAGGUAAGAACCAGACAGUCCUGGAGGAAGGUGAAACGACCAAAAGAUGUGGAACCGUACAAAAGAACCAUAUCUGUUCCUGGGACAGCCUGUGACACGUCCACACAUCAGAACCACAGUGACUCUAGCUUCUGUUCUCCUCAGAGCAGGUCCAGACUUAACAGCUCACCUGGUUCCCAAAAGACUUUGAGGAACGCGUGUCAUUCUGAACCACAGAGCUUCAAAUCUGCACCACAGGAGCCGUCUGAAGAUACAACUGAGAAAAACUGUCUGGAUGGAGGUGAGCUGCGUAAUGCGGUUUCCUCAGACUCUGACCAUGCUUCUUUAGAUGGCUUUGAGGCUGGGCACAAUGUAGAGAAUAGGUCGCAGUCUCCCGUACACCCCAGUGUUCUCGCACUUGCAAACCAGCCUACAUGGGGCCGAUCUGUGAGCUAUUUCGAAGCCGCUGACUCUCCGACGAGACCUAUGAGCCCCAAACCAAACAGUCCUGGGUUGUGGACACAUCGGAGAAGCUUCCGUUACCCCUCAAGAUCUGUGGCGUCAUCUUUGUGCUCACUCGGUCAGGGAAUGAGCGUCGAGGGUCUCUCCGAUCCUCCUCAAAAGCCAAAAUCUCUGAAGCCAAGGACAGCACAGCUUACUACAGCCCACUCGUUUGAUUCUGAGUACUUACUAGAAGACAGCAGUUCAGAUAACCAAUCUCUAUCCAGCCUGACAUCAGGAUCUAUGACCAGUAAACCUGAGCAUGUACAACAUAGUGCUGAGCCAGCCGUCCAGUCAGCAGAGAGAAGACAACAAGGGAACGCAUGUGUGCUUCGAGUAAAGCGCAGAGGACAGGUUGUGGCAGCACAUAGACCCAUGUCAGACCUGUACGGUUGGACGGUAUCUCUUCAGGGCAUCAGAGAGGUGGCAGGUGACCCGGAGAGGAAGAGAGAGUCAACGAAAUCACGACGGCGUUCGUGCUCAUACGACACACUGACGUAUACGGAGAACAUCCGUAAAAAGAAUCUUAACGCACAGAGAAGUUUGCGCCAGAUUAACAUCCCAACAUCUGACAAGCAUGAGAAAGUUCGCACUAGACUCUCCCUCGCCUCUCCGGAACAGUUCCCCUCCGUCACUUUCAAAGAUCACUUCUUCUCUCAGAGCACACCUAUUGGACUAGACUGCUUGGGCUGGCCUCACCGUGUGUCAUCUUCAGAAUCCAAUCUCACCGCACCAGCACAUGAGGAUAUUGGACAGCUGGCGUUGGUGAUAACUGAUGGACCACAGGAUAAGUCUGGCCUCGCUGAUGAUGUGGGGAGUGAAGAUGACCUGUACAAUGAGUUUCGCAGCGCCUCUAACCGUUUUGGACACCCAGGAGGAGGAGGAGGAGAGCAGCUGGCGAUAAAUGAGCUGAUCAGUGAUGGCAGCGUGUGCGCGGAGGCUCUAUGGGACCAUGUCACCAUGGAUGACCAGGAGCUGGGCUUCAAGGCUGGGGAUGUCAUCGAAGUAGUGGACGCCACAAACAAGGAGUGGUGGUGGGGCCGGGUGCUGGACAGCGAAGGCUGGUUCCCUGCCAGCUUUGUUCGGUUACGUGUGAACCAGGAUGAGCCCAUGGAUGAGUAUCUAGCCCAUCUGGACGGGGUCACAGACGGGGGUGGGGCCACCUUAGGGGGACCCCUAGGACCUGGUCUGCCCUGCAAGGAGCAGAUGAGAGCCAACGUUAUCAAUGAGAUCAUGAGCACAGAGAGGGAUUACAUCAAACACCUGAAAGACAUCUUUGAGGGCUAUAUAAAACAGUGUCGGAGGAGGACAGACAUGUUUACAGAAGAGCAACUGCGUACUAUUUUCGGCAACAUCGAUGAGCUGUACCGCUUUCAAAAGAAGUUCGUCAAAGCCUUGGAGAAGAAAUUCAACAAAGACCAGCCACACCUCAGCGAGAUCGGCUCGUGCUUCUUAGAGCAUCAAACAAACUUCCAGAUCUACUCCGAGUAUUGCAACAACCACCCCAAUGCUUGCGUGCAGCUCUCCAAACUUAUGAAGAUCAAGAAGUAUGUCUUCUUCUUUGAGGCCUGUCGCUUGCUGCAGAAGAUGAUUGACAUUUCUCUAGAUGGGUUCUUGCUUACUCCUGUGCAAAAGAUCUGCAAGUACCCUCUACAGCUGGCUGAACUGCUCAAGUAUACCAACCCACAACACAGAGAUUAUAAGGACGUGGAGGCUGCCUUAAACGCAAUGAAGAAUGUGGCCAGACUGAUCAAUGAGAGAAAGAGGCGUCUGGAGAACAUCGACAAAAUCGCUCAGUGGCAGAGCUCCAUAGAGGACUGGGAGGGUGAAGACAUCUUGAGCAGAAGCUCUGACCUGAUUUUCUCAGGAGACCUGACCAAGAUCUCUCAGCCACAGGCCAAAGGCCAACAGCGCAUUUUCUUCCUAUUUGACCACCAGUUGGUUUUCUGUAAAAAGGAUCUGCUUCGGAGGGACAUCCUGUAUUACAAGGGUCGGUUAGACAUGGAUCAGAUGCAAGUGGUAGAUGUGGAAGAUGGGAAGGAUAAGGACUUUAAUGUGAGUGUGAAGAAUGCCUUGAAAUUGUGUUCUCCCGGAGGAGAGGAGGUUCACCUCCUGUGUGCCAAGAAACCCGAGCAGAAGCAGCGCUGGCUGCGGGCCUUUACAGAUGAACGGGAACAGGUCCAGCAUGACCUCGAGACAGGUUUCACGAUCACAGAGGUCCAAAAGAAGCAGGCCAUGCUGAAUGCAUCUAAAGGUCAUCCAACAGGGAAGCCUAAAGCUGUGACCAGGCCCUACUAUGACUUCCUGCUGCGUCAGAAGCAUCCCACGCUCCCCACCUCCCUUCCCCAGCAGCAGGUCAUCAUGUUGGCUGAACCCAAACGCAAGACCUCCAAUUUCUGGCACAAUAUCCUAACACCGUUCAAAAAAUGAGGGACUGGACUCAAGGUUGUGCCUGCCCUGAACUUGUGAUUUUAUCCCCUUGUAACAUUUUUUAUCGUCCAAAUGCGAAAGCACUUUAUGGGUUGUUACAAUCACAGCAUCACUCCCAGACAUUGACCGUUGUGGGGAGGGCAUUCCUGCUAUGUUAUUUACAUUGAAAAGACAGCUACUACUGCUCGACCGCUUCACUUUUCAGAACUGCUGCAAGUCAUCAUACGGACACGCUUUGACCGCUGCAUCGAAAGGCUGGAAGAAAGGACUUCUUUCUAUGUUGGAUAAUUUAUUUUCAAAUUUUCAGUGUAUGCCGGCUAUCCACAGUGCCCAACUACUAGCUUUUAUAUGUAAUUUGAUACUUUUGUGUGACCCAUGAUGAUGUUUAAAGUUUAAAAGGGUUUUGCACAAGAUAUAGAUUGUGUUGAGAUUUAUUACUGUAUUAACUUGGCUGUCAAAAGAAAUCUGUUAAUAUGUCCGUCUGUGUAUGCAAACUAAGCUGAAAUUUCUCGUCAUUAAGCCUCUAAAUUAUACCCAGACAAAGUCCCAUCAGUCCUCAACGGUUUAGAUGAGCAUUUCAUGUAUUCUGCUGCCCAAAUAACUCCUCAAUAACAAACUUCACUUUGAAGUGACAUUCAAAACGUAACCCAGAUAUUGUGUUGGGGUUGCAUGAAUUUGCUGUGAAACCCAAACAAUUUCAACCCCAAAAAAUCCUCAAUAUUCUGUCAUUCAGAUAGAUAUUUGAACUAUUAAAUUAAAGAGUAUGUUUGGGGGUUGUGUCAAAUAUGUAUAUUACCUUUGACCACUGAAAAAGUAUGUUAAUAAAAUACAUUUGUAAGUGUUAUGA